GUCAGCAGAGCAGAGUACAGGACACAUUGCUUUCUCCCUCUUUUUGUCAUGACAGUGUGAUGUGAGAGAGUGUGUUCAGGACAGGGGAGAAGAAAAACAAACUCCUGCUGCACCUCUCCCUCUAUUUGGAUUCCAUCCAGGAUUUUUUUGUUUGGGUUUUGCUGUACAUGAAGAAGACUGACAGUGGUGCACUCUACGUGACAAGCUGUGUGUUUGCUAAGUCCUGCUGUUUUUCUUUUGUUGUUACUGGAAACUUGCCCUUAGGUAAAGUAAACUUCCAUCUUGCUUUGUUAGAAGGAUUGACUUUUUCAGACUGACAAUCAGCUGGGAGAGAAGUGGUGUAUGAAAGACUCCAGGAUCUUCAUGUGUCAGAGGGCAUGAUCGACAACGCAGUGGAUAUGGACAGUCUGAACAGGAACUUGCCUGAACGCGGAUGGCAGACCCAUAAGGUGUUACAGAGCACGCCACUGGAUCUGUUUGAGAGUGGCAAGGCGCUGAAGGUCCAGGCAGAGCGCCCCCAUCUGGUCAGUCUGGGCAGUGGCCGUCUCAGUACGGCCAUCACACUGCUGCCCCUUCCCGAAGGUAGGACCACGUUGGGCCAUGGGGCGAUGGACAUCAGCAUCCAGGGCCCAGGAGUUGCCGCCCAGCACUGCUACAUAGAGAACCGGGCAGGGACCAUCACUCUCCACCCCUGUGGGAACCAGUGUGCCAUAGACGGGCUUCCUGUCACCAAACCGGUCCGCCUGUCACAAGGUUGUAUGCUGUGUUUUGGCCAGUCGGCUUUUUUCCGCUUCAACCACCCAGAGGAGGCGUUCAGGAUGAAGAGCAUGAUGCCAGGGGGAAGCAGGGGCUCCGGUGGGAACUACAGAAUCCACUCAGAUACAGAGGGCCUGGUCAAUGGGAACCAUCAGUCAGGAGUGUCCCAGUCGCGCCACCCAGCCCCCGGGGAGAGAGACUCCCGCUCCGAGCAUAGUGCCAUCGUCAGCUCCAUUGAAAAGGACCUCCAGGACAUCAUGGACUCCCUAGUCAUGGAUGAUCCCCAGCCUCCCUCUUCAGACCACCCCAUCCCCCACUCCCCGCUGUCCCCCAUGGUCAAUGGAGGAGGCCGAUACCUCCUCUCCCCUCCCACCAGCCCAGGAGCCAUGUCGGUGGGCUCCAGCUAUGAGAACACCUCCCCACCCUUCUCCCCCCUGUCCUCUCCCUCGGCGGCCAGCAGCGCAGGCAGCUACACCAGCCCUUCUCCCAGCGGCUGCCUGGACCCCCAGGACCCAUCCCUGCCCCCCGUGCCGGUCCGCUCAUCCAGCUACAACUACACAACUACACCACCCAUCCCCCAGCCAAGGACCACACUGACCAACUACAGCCCUGGCGGCGGGGUGCAGAGGGUUCCUGAGAGCCCUAGGCACCAGAGGAAAGGUCUCCUGGAGGCCCCCCAGAGCCCCAAGCCAGCCCGCAGAGGCCAGAGCCUGGACAGCCCAGGGGGGAUGGGUUCAGAGAGCCCUAGACUGACCCACCUAUCUGUUGCCUCAGCCGAUGCCGGGUACAUGGGCAGGAACGCAGUGCCAAGUAGCCCCAGAUUCACGGCCAAGUUCCCCUACACCUCCUCCUCCCCAUCCAGUCCCAGGACGAAAGCGGGCACCAUCCUCCAGGAGCGCCCGGCCAGCCCCUUCAGAGAGCAAGCGGACCACUCCCUCACCUCCAGCCCUUCCAGACAGCUGCUAUCCCAGCACAGCAGGGCCUUUCAGCCUCCCCUUGACCCAAUCGUCCACAUCAUCCAGGGGGGCUCUCCACUCCAGCAGCACCACCCCUUCCCCCACCCCCGCACACUGCAGCCCCCAGAGAGCCCUCGACUGUCUCGCAGGAACCUUGAGCUCAGCAGCGGGGGUAGCAGCAUGAAGGAGCUCCCUCCUCUCAGCCCCUCCAUGGCUCGCAGAGGGGUGCCUGUUCUCCCGGGGGCUCUCCCUGGAAGUAUCCCCACAUUGAGAACACCUGAGAGCCCAUCAUCAUCGGGGAAGUUGGGAGUCCCGGAGAGCCCCAGGCUCCAACGCAAGGCCGAGUCCCCCGCGGAGGAUCAGUUUGGCGGCAGUGUGGUCCGAGCCCGCAGCCCCUCCCCCACCUCAGGGUUGAUGAUGAUGGAGAGCGGGGGAGGGGGGAGGAAGGCCAGCUUUGGAAAUGCCCUCUCCCCAGCUUAUAGCCUGGGCUCUCUACCUGGCUCCUCUCCUCUCGCCAGCCCCAGGGGCCAUAGGAAGAUGUCUGGGUGCCCCCGGGAUCUGAGGGGCCCCCACCCGGGCAUGCGGGAGCGCAAAAACAGCAUCUCUGAGAUCAGCGACAACGAGGACGAGCUGUUGGAGUACCACCGGCGUCAGAGAGAGGAGAGGCUCAGGGAGCAGGAGAUGGAGAGACUGGAGAGGCAGAGGCUGGAGACCAUCCUGAACCUGUGUGCUGAGUACAACAAGGGCGACGGGCCCUUGGGGGGUGAGGCAGAGGGGAGGAUGGGCUUCCCUGGGGGUCUGGGACCGGGGGAGGGGGCAGCCAGGAGACCCUCUAUGGACAGCUUGGCAGGGUCCAGCUCGCUGCGUCGUAGCAUGGCCCAGAGACAGCAGAGGGAGAGCGACGAGGAGAACCUCAAGGAGGAGUGCAGCAGUACAGAGAGCACCCAUCAGGAGGUGAGGACGCCACUUCCUCCACAGGCCCUCCACAAUGGAGACCGAUACCAGCAUGAAGAGCAGUCUGUUUCUGGCGGCGUGGAGCGGGCAGAGCUGGGUUACCUGGAGGACGAGAGGGUCAGAGUGCUGGCCCGAGUCGACGAGCUCAAAUCACGGAUUACAGAGCUGGAGCAACAGCUACAGGAGUCCAAGCAGGAGGCGGAGAUGGAGCGGGCCCUGCUACAAGGGGAGAGGCAGGCGGAACUGGACCAGAUGGAGGCAGAGACGGAGAUCAUCAGACAGCUGCAACACAAGCGCAAGGAGCUGGAGAACACCAUCCAGAGGGAGAAAGACAAGGCAUUGCCAAAUCCUGGAUGGCUUCCCAAGACCGUAUCUAGUUGGUUUUGCCAUCCCAAGGAGAGGGCAAAUGUUGACGCAGAGCGCCGAGCCCUGGCGAGCCUCCAGGAGGGCUACAGUGAGCUGAAGAACCAGCUUCAUAACUGCCCCGAGUCACUGAGGGAGCAGUUACACGAACAGCUCAAAAGGGAGGGCGAGACCCUGGAGUCGGAGACAAAACAGUUUGAGGACCUGGAGUUCCAGCAGCUGGAGAGGGAAAGUAGCCUGGAGGAGGAGAGGGAGACCAUCAGCCAGCAGCUGCUGCAGGAGAGGGCCGAGUACCACACCAGCAUGGCCAAGAGGAAGGACAAGGUGGCAGCUCUGGAAGGCCAGGCCAGUCAGCUGGGACAGCAGGCGUCUCAGGAGUGUGACAAGCUGGCUAAGGACAGGAACCUUACCCUGCAGAUGCUCCAUAAGGAGAAAGAGAGACUAUCGGCCCUGGAGAAGAGGUACCUCAGCCUUACUGGAGGAAGGACUUUCCCUAAGAGUUCCAGCACCAUGAAAGAGGAAGUGCUCCAUAUCAGCGAGAUUGACCUGUUAAAGGACUCCCACUCCCAGCAUCCUCUCUGCCGACCCGCUGCUUUCUUUUUAAGCUCCUCCUUUCAGUUAUACCCAGGGGGCAGCCCGACAGAGGAGUAUUUGACUGUGGGCCAGUUAACUCAGAUCUUUGGGAUGCCGAAGGUCGAGUCCUCCCCUACCUCUCCUCUCCGGCCCCUCCAGUCAGGAGCGGGAGACCCUGCCUUCUCCUGCCUCUCCGUUCCUCACGGUUCCUCCCUCUCUCUCUCUGUUGAGUACCAGCCUGAGCGCAGUAGGCCUCAAAUCCCCACUCUCGAUUUAGAGCAGUGGUACCAGGAGGUGAUGGCUGCUGGGGUGAGCAGCCAUCUCUGCCCCCCUCUCCCAGCUAAAUCUCUCUCCCCUCGCAGGCCUAUGCAGGUGUUCCGCUCCAAGCUGGACAGUGAUGCUGGACAGACGGUACAUCAACCCAAAGCAGGCUCCGGAUCCCAUCUGCAGUGUGGAGCUGCCACACUGGGACGCAACACAACCUCCAAGAGCCCACUGAUGGUUCCCAACAGUACCGGCAGUUUGCCACGGAACUUGGCUGCCACCAUGCAGGACAUAGAGACCAAGAGAGUGCUAGCCUUACAGCAGAAAGAGUCCUCCUUGCCUUCCACGCCUGAGUCUCCCUGCUCUACCAUGGACAAUCCCACAGACCGACAGAUAGACAGACAGACCUCUGAGCCUGGGAGCCACCAGGUGAUCGAGGAGCAGCGGCGUCGAUUGGCUGAGCUGAAGCAGCGAGCUGCAGUGGAGGCCCAGUGCCAGUGGGAUGCGCUCCACGGCUCUCAGACCCACCUCAACACCCAGUAUGCCCCUUCCCAUGCCCAAGGCCCUCCCAUGGUGCACCACUCCAUCCUGCACCACCAGCCGCCACCGGCUGGCGAGCAGCCAUACGACACACUGAGUCUGGAAAGCUCUGACAGCAUGGACACCAGCGUCUCCACCGGCAACAACUCAGCCUGCUCCCCCGACAACAUGUCCAGUGCCAGUGGGAUGGACGCGCUGAAGAUCGAGGAGAUGGAGAAGAUGCUGAAAGAAGCCCACCUAGAGAAGGCCAGGCUCAUAGAAUCCAGAGAGCGUGAGAGCCAUGCCCGUAGGCAGAUGCUGGAGGAGGAGAGGAGGCGGCGCGAGGAGGCUGAGAAGAGGCUGCAGGAGGAGACGGUGCACAGGCAGCAGCUGGUGGACAAGGAGGUGAAGAUGAGAAGCAAGAACUUCUCCCAGGCCCGUCCUAUGACUCGUUACCUGCCCAUCCGCAAGGAGGAGUUUGACCUGCGCUCCCACAUCGAGUCAUCCGGCCACAACGUGGAGACCUCUCACCACGUGAUCCUCACAGAGAAGAUGUGCAAGGGUUACCUGGUCAAGAUGGGCGGCAAGAUCAAGUCGUGGAAGAAACGCUGGUUUGUCUUCGACCGCCUCAAAAGGACCUUCUCCUAUUACGUUGACAAGCACGAGACCAAACUGAAAGGAGUCAUCUACUUCCAGGCCAUUGAAGAGGUCUACUACGACCACUUGCGUAUCGCCACGAAGAAAGGAUUUUUCAACCUCAAUUUGGCCAAUCACUUUUCUGAGCUCCUGCCUCCUCAGUUUCGAAGAGAGAGCCCCAAUCCCUCGUUGACCUUCUGUGUGAAAACUCAUGACAGACUCUACUACAUGGUGGCCCCUGCCCCGGAGGCCAUGAGGAUAUGGAUGGACGUUAUAGUAACCGGAGCCGAGGGCUACACGCAGUUCAUGAACUAAUACUGGAGACUUGCGUACGUUGACAUAAGGAGACUGUUUCGGCAGGAACACUUCAAGAGAUUCAGGCCUUUCCUUCUAGCGCCUCUCCCAAUAUUGGGAAAUUGCCUUUUUAUUUUGUUAAGUUCAUUAUAUCUAUUUUUAAAUCUCACGUCUCUCACUUUACAAUAUACAUUUUUUCUCCACUGGUUUUUCUACUCAUUAAAAAAGGGAGCCCUGGAAGAGACACACACACUGUAUAUAACCAAAUGACAUAACUGUCAGACUUUCUGCUCAAAUGCCUUUCUAUAUUGCCAAAUGGAGAUCUUGUUUUAGUUAGUCUCUUGCGUGAGACCUAUUUUGUGUAUCAGUAAAUGUCUUUGAUAGUUUUUUUUUUGUUUUUUUGUUUUUUUACACACGUGGAAUAUUGCCAAAUGACAUAACAAUGGUUUCAAACAGAUGGUCGUUUUUAUGGAAUGUUUCAAAUAGAAAACAAAGGCAUUUGCCCAAAUCUACUUAAGUUUAUCAGUGAGCGAAAGAUGUAAUCAUUUAAGAAAUGCUUAAAAGAAAUUCUAUUGAAAAUGGAGAAAACCGAAUUGAAAUCAGUAAGACCAUGACACAACACACCAACUCAGGAGUCCAUACUUAAUUUAAGUUCCACAGAUGAAACUAGAUCUUGAUCCAUCUCUGUGAUCUUACUUUACUGAACUAGAUUCCACUGUGUCCGUCUUAUACUACUCCUAAAGACACACACAGUCUGUUUGCCAAGUCCUGAAAACUUGACCCCUUGCGUAAGCAGCCAUUCCAUCACUGCCAGCCUACAACACCAGGAGCUCUAGGGACUACAUAAAUGAGACAACAGUACAUGUCAUUAUAAUAAUGCUAAUCAUUCUGUGCCUUGAUGUGUCGUAAUACAUAGUCUGUAACUGUUGAUCGUGCUGGUUUACAAUCUUUGUUAACAGUAUCAGAAUUCAACAGACUUGCAUGGGGAAGGGAGAGGGGAGUCUGACUGCUGUUUUGAUGCAGCAAUACACAAGUACAUGUGAACAGUAACAUCCCCUGAAUUCCAAGUUCCAUCCCCCACCACAUCCUACGCUCUUGUGUUGAUCUGAGAUGAUUGGUAAAGAGGUGGUAGCUACAUAUAUCGCUCUCUGAUACGCAAUGUGGAAUUGUCGCCAUAUACUAUUGCUUACACAGAUCUACACAAGUGCACAGGGUAUAUGGGCUUGUUUUCAGACUCAGGGUGCAUUUCAGCUUUAAUAGAACGUCAAAUGAUCUGGUAGCUUGACAAAUCAUUGUAAAGGCCUCGGACAGGCGACACGAUCACAACAUUUAUAAAUCACCAUCUGAAUAUCUUUUUAAAGAAGACUAUGCUGUGAUUUUGAACAUGUAAACCUGAGUGUUUAGGUUUAUUGAGAAGCCUUGUGAAAUGUAGUUCUCUUUUUCUAUUUAUGGUUAACCUGCCUGAGAUACAGUAGUACUGUAAACUGUCAAGUAGAGGAAAAGAGACUAGUGAGAAAAGACCUUAAUAUAUUUUCCUGUUUAUUUUUUCCCCACACCGAAAUGGGUGCAACCAAAUAUUCAGCAUUGGCCAGAGGUAUAUCAUAGUGUUAUAUAAAAAAAAAAAAAGAUGCCUGUAUGAAAAUGUAAUUUACUCAUCAUUCAA